AUGGUCACUCCCUUUAAGACUGGCUGUGGGACUCUGCCAGGUUUAAAUUCUGAUUCUUCAGCUUAUUGUAUGCCCAGGGGUAAGGUGCUUCCCUGUGAAAUGGGGACAGUUACUGCCUGUACGAGGAAUGUGCUGAGGAUUGAACAAGGCAUUGCUUCUAUGACAGUGCCAGUGUACAUUGCAGAAGUCUCACCACCUAACUUACGAGGCCGAUUAGUCACCAUUAACACCCUCUUCAUCACAGGAGGGCAGUUCUUUGCCAGUGUUGUUGAUGGAGCCUUCAGUUAUCUCCAGAAGGAUGGAUGGAGGUACAUGUUGGGACUUGCAGCAAUCCCUGCAGUUAUACAGUUUUUUGGUUUUCUCUUCUUGCCUGAAAGUCCUCGAUGGCUUAUUCAGAAAGGACAGACUCAGAAGGCCCGUAGAAUUUUGUCUCAAAUGCGUGGUAACCAGACCAUUGAUGAGGAGUACGAUAGCAUCAAAAACAACAUUGAAGAAGAGGAAAAGGAGGUUGGCUCAGCUGGACCUGUGAUCUGCAGAAUGCUGACUUAUCCCCCAACUCGCCGAGCUUUAAUUGUGGGUUGUGGCCUACAAAUGUUCCAACAGCUCUCAGGCAUUAACACCAUCAUGUACUACAGUGCAACCAUCCUGCAGAUGUCGGGUGUGGAAGAUGAUAGACUCGCAAUAUGGCUGGCUUCGGUGACAGCUUUCACAAACUUCAUUUUCACCCUUGUGGGAGUGUGGCUUGUUGAGAAAGUGGGCCGCAGGAAGCUUACCUUUGGGAGUUUAGCAGGUACCACUGUAGCCCUUGUUAUUCUUGCCUUGGGAUUUCUGCUCUCAGCCCAGGUUUCCCCACAUAUCACUUUCAAGCCAGUAGCUCCAUCGGGUCAAAAUGCUACUUGCACGAGAUACAGUUACUGUAAUGAAUGCAUGUUGGAUCCAAACUGUGGUUUCUGCUACAAGAUGAACGAAUCAGCCGUCAUUGACUCCUCCUGUGUUCCAGUGAAUAAAGCAUCUACCACCGAGGCAGCCUGGGGCAGGUGUGAAAAUGAAACCAAGUUCAAAACAGAAGAAGUAUUUUGGGCUUACAAUUUCUGUCCUACUCCUUACUCCUGGACGGCACUUCUGGGCCUUAUUUUGUAUCUUGUUUUCUUUGCGCCUGGGAUGGGACCCAUGCCUUGGACGGUGAAUUCAGAAAUAUAUCCCCUCUGGGCAAGAAGUACAGGAAAUGCGUGUUCGUCGGGGAUAAACUGGAUUUUCAAUGUUUUGGUUUCCCUGACAUUUUUACACACAGCAGAAUAUCUUACGUACUAUGGAGCCUUCUUCCUCUAUGCUGGAUUUGCAGCCGUGGGACUUCUUUUCAUCUAUGGCUGUCUUCCUGAAACCAAAGGGAAGAAGUUAGAGGAAAUUGAAUCGCUCUUUGACAACAGGCUAUGCACAUGUGGUACUUCAGAUUCUGAUGAAGGAAGAUACAUCGAGUACAUUCGGGUGAAGGGAAGUAACUAUCAUCUGUCUGACAACGAUGCUUCUGAUGUGGAAUAAUGUAGUCCCCCAAAUAAUCGUAGGAGGAAGGCAGCGGUCGGUAACCCUGCUGCCCUCCUCCCAAGGUAGUCCUUCCCGGUCUCGUUCUGAAUGACUUUCAUGUUCUAGAAUAUUUGGCAAGAAAUGCAGCCUUGAUAUUUUUUCACAAACAAAAAUGUAAAAAAAAAAAAAAUCAGAUUUUAAUGUAACAAAUCUGAAGCAAAUGUAACUCCCUCCUGAGAAAGUCUGAAAUGAGUUCUGUACCCAGUAACUUCAGUGGUACCCUUUUUUCCAAGAACAUACAUAAUCAGUGGCAAGAGGGUCCUUGCUAAUCUAACCAAAAUACUAUGUAUUUAUGAAGGAUUCUGAGUUGGUCCACGGGUGUUUUAUGUCAAAACAAGGCCUAUUCACCCUAAUUUUUUCAAACGACUAGUAGUUUAUCUGUGGUCAGCUGAUAGAAAAUAAAUUCCAUUUCAACUUUCAUCAACAAAUUCAGAAGUACGUUCUAUAAGAGUACAGCUGCCCUUAUGUCCUUAGCUUGCACAUUUUGGGUUCUGUACGCAUUUCAGAUAUUGAAAGUUCUUCAGAGACUGACUGACUCCACACAGAACCUUGUGAACAUGAUUAAAAGCAGGUCUUUUAGGGAUUAUUUUCAUACCUUCUUUGCAUCAGUGAUAAGCAUAUUUGCACAGAGAAGCUUGCAAGUUUUGAUAAGUAUAUUUUAUUGUCAGAGAAAGAAAGAAAAGAUUUUUAUAGAUCCCUAAUUCAUCAGAACUGCAAUUGUAAAUGCAAAAUGCCAGGUUUUUAACUGUAUUUCAGGGUCAGUUUUUGUUCAUGCCAAACUCACAUCUUCAUUGGCUCUGGAGUCCUACACUCUUUGUGCCUUCAUUGGUGUUCUAUAAAUAGCUGCUAGCAUGUUGUCAUUCCCUUUCUUUUAAUCAAACAGUAAUUUCUGAAACAAGAGAGGAAGGAAAUCAGUGGCAGAAAUAGUCCUGCUGUUAGUGAUGUUUAAUUAAAAUCAUGGGACUUAUUUUUCCUUAACUUUUUAUUAACUCCUGCUAAGGAAACUGUCACAUUUUAUUGUGUAUGUCCUUUUUUACUCUAAGAAUAUAGACUAGUUUUUAUUUUGCACAUCUUUUUUUCAUUUUCCCUGACAGUUUACCAAAAAUCAAAGACACUUAGAUUUGUCUCUGUGUUUUUUCUUUAUCCCAUGUUGGUUUGGUUUUCCUGGUCUAAAAAUUGAGAUUUUUCUGUGGGAACAUAAAUGGUUCUAAUAUAUAUCAUGUCUGUAAGAAAUGCUAACUUAAUGAAAAGAUAUUUCUGUACUGUAUUUUUCAAAGUGUUUUCUCUGAUUUCUAUGUAUAUUCAUCCAUAAAUGCUUAAUUAUUGCCCUUCUAUUAAGAACUGUAGAAUACAUACAAAAUUACUUGCUCACAUAGUGAGUUUAUUAAAAAUAUGAAUAAAUCAUCUGCAGCUAGUUACAAAUACAUCUACUGGUGUACUAUAUUUGGGGCGAAAAGGUGGCUCUCAAUAAAUUCAAAGUAUUUCUGCCAGA